UUCACUAAGCAGCCACAGAAAGCUACCAAGCGAUCAAGCAAAGGAGCGAUGUGUUAGAGAGAGAGAGAGAGAGUGAAGGCGAGCUGUAUCUGUUAACUGUCUCCCAUGGCAUGUAUCUUCUCUCAGAUCUUCCAGAAUCCUUAGUUAUUAUCACCUCCUUCAACAUUCUACAUCAUUUUCUUAUUAUCCUUCUUAUCUCCUUUCUCAUGUAAAAUUUGUUCGAUUUUCUUCAGUUCACUACUCUUUUUCCCCUUUAUUUGUUUCCUGAGGAAAUCUGGAUUUCGGCGUUUUGGCCUUUUUGGAGCUGCUCUUUUGGGUUUUGGCGGGUUCUCUGGGAAGAUUUUGGAGUUUGAUCUGGUUUCUGCUUCAACUAUUGGUGUUUUUAGUUAAUUGGAUUGUCGAGGAGUGGUUUUCUAAGGGAUUGGUGACUUCUGGGUUUGGUUGUAUAUGAUGUGGUUGUAGUGUAGUGAAGAAUUGUAGGAUAUGGAUGAUAGAGGUGGCUCAUUCGUUGCUGUCAGGAGGAUUUCGCAAACUCUAGAGCGCGGCAACACCUAUCAUUCAACUUCUGGUAAAUCUGAGGCUGUGGCAGGAUCAGCAGCAUGGCUUGGCAGAGGAUUAUCUUGCGUAUGCGCACAGAGAAGAGAUAGUGAUGCUCGUCUCUCUGUUGAUUUAACUCCAUUGCAGGAGGAAUGUUUGCAGAGGCUACAGAGCCGUAUAGAUGUUCCGUAUGAUAGCUCCAUCCUUGAGCACCAGGAGUCUCUAAGGGCGCUAUGGAAUAUUGCCUUUCCUGAAGAAGAACUUCAUGGCUUAAUAUCCGAGCAGUGGAAAGAAAUGGGUUGGCAAGGAAAGGAUCCGUCAACAGACUUUAGGGGCGGUGGGUAUAUAUCUUUGGAGAAUUUGCUAUAUUUUGCCAGGAAUUUCCCAAAAUCCUUCCAAGACCUUUUAUGGAAGCAGGAAGGAGACCGAUCAGCAUGGGAGUACCCAUUUGCUGUUGCUGGUGUUAACAUCACCUUUAUGCUUAUCCAAAUGCUUGAUCUUGAAGCAGUCAAGCCACGGACAAUGGUGGGAGCAACUUUCCUAAGACUUCUUGCAGAGAAUGAAUGGGCUUUUGAUCUACUCUAUUGCAUAACUUUUAAGCUGAUGGAUCUUCAAUGGCUUACCAUGCGAGCAUCAUACAUGGAUUUUAAUAGAGUGAUGAAAGCGACACGUCAUCAGCUGGAGAAAGAGCUUCUCCUUGAAGAUAUUACACGGCUAGAGGAUUUGCCUUCAUACAAACUUCUUACACGAUAGAGAGAUAUCAGUUCGUAGUCUGAGUGUACUAGGUUAGUUGAAAAGGUUUUUGUAAAUGAUCUUAUAUGCCAUUUCUGCCAAUUCAGGAUUGAAACUUGUAUCUCAGAGGCCAGCUAGACUUGGUUUGGAUAGAAUGAAAAGUAAGAUAAUAGAGAGGAGAAAAAACUAGGAGAAAAUUUUUCUCUUCUAGUUUUCCUUAUUCGUAUUUUUCUCUUAAUCCAAACCAAGAGAAAGUGUGAUGUCAUCAAGAUUUUAGAUGCGGCAUAGAGAUUUCAAGGGUGAAAUGCAAUUGUUGAUGACAAAAUUGAGGUUGUUGGUCUUUGCUAAUCCAUGGAUUCUCAUGAAGUUGAUCUUACUUCGUAUUGAUCUCAGCCAAACAUAACCUGGGUUCGCUAUGCGGGUUUGCUUUAUCAAAAUGGAAAUAAAGUCUGGUUUGUUUA